ACUGAGGGGGAAACGCAGACCUGUAAGCCGCGGAAAAAACGACGACAAAGCCGCCCGACGCACCGAUCUCGCCUCGGCUCAUGAGGAUAUUUUGAAGCGGAAUGCUCGAAUUGUUCGGAAUCAUGCGGUUGAGACGGAGGCUGAAACGGCGUAACGGACUGGAAGUCGGAAUCCGCCACUAGCCGCGUUCAACCGCUGAGAGGAAUCCGAUUAGCCUGCUGGCUAACCAGGCGACGGCUAGCGGAGGUUUAUUAGGUUCAGCUCAAAAUAGGUUGGAAUUAAAGACGGACCGGUUCACUCUCUGUGGAAAAGUGGGAUUUAUUUAUCAUUAAAUCUGACAUCUGAUCUCAGGCUGUGGUGGAACCGGUCGAACAAGAUAUUCUAACUGUUUUGUUUACGGGCUGCUCGGUAGCUAACAGUAUUAUUGAUCUGAGGCGCUUCAUCAGUCAGUCAGUCGGCUUUGUGCUCACAGGCCAGGCACUGAAAACUCCAUUAAUAUUCCUGUCAGAUUAAAACCUAUUUAUAUUUAUCCCUAGUCUUCAUAAAUCACUCGAAUUCGGGACAGUAAAACAAACCCAGUUUGAUCAAACUUGCUUUAAUUCGGAUCAGUUGUGCUCUGUGUGUAGGAUGAUGGUUCGCCUAAUAACCGGGCGCAUCCCACAUUAACGAGGACCGACCGCAUUUAUUUACACUUUAAUUCACCUCAUUUUGGACUUUUCGAGCUGCUCUGAGAGGAUAACAUGUCGACCACCAAGGAGAACCCGUGCAGGAAGUUCCAGGCGAACAUUUUCAACAAAAGCAAAUGUCAGAACUGCUUUAAACCGAGGGAGCUGCAUCUGCUGACCGACCCCGACCUCAACCAGGCUAAGCCGAUCUACGGGGGCUGGCUGUGUUUGGCCCCGGAGGGAACGGAUUUCGACAAUCCCAUGCAGCGAUCCCGGAAAUGGCAGCGGCGCUUCUUCGUCCUGUACGAGCACGGCUGCCUGCGCUUCGCUCUAGACGAGUCGCCCAGCACCCUCCCUCAGGGAACCGUCAACAUGAACCUGUGUACCGACGUGAUCGACGCAGAACCCAAAACCGGCCAGAAGAACGCGCUGUGUAUCAUCACCCCCGAGCAGGAGUACUACAUCCGGGGGGACAGCAAGGAGAUCAUCAACGGGUGGACCGAGCAGCUGAUCGUUUAUCCCAGGACCAACAAGCAGAAUCAGAAGAAGAAGCGCAAAGUGGAACCGACCACGUCUCAGGAACCUGGACCAGCUAAGGUAGCCAUGACUGGCUCGAGCAUCCCCGAGGCUGAGAAGGUUCCGGACUCCAGCUCCAUCAUCUGGCAGGAGGAGCUGCAGAGCAGGGAGGUGGAGGUGUCGCCGGCGUGGUCUUCAGCGGACGUGUCACCGCUGGGCUCGCUGCUGCCCUCUGCAGUAGCGGAUGAAGCCUCGGUGGGCCUCGGUUCCGAUCAGGGUUCGGUGAACGGGGACGAGUUGGACCGCGCCGGCUUCUCCUUCCCGCCCGGCGUCCCUCAGUCGCCCCGGGACCUGGUGUCUCCCACGGCGGCGGGCGUGUCGGGGGGAGUGCCGCGCUGCCCGUCGCCCGCGCACAGCGAACCCUUCCCCUCGGGCAGCAGUCUGCUGUCCAACGGCUCGCACAUCAGCGGCUCGGUCAGCUCGCUGGACUCGGACGCCAGCGCGGACAGCCACGCCCUGCCCCGCGCCCGCUGCAGACCCGAGAAGCACAGAGAGGCGGUGUUCAGCCCUGAGAGGAGCGGCCGCUCCAACGUGAUCGAGAAGCUGGAGGCGCUGGAGCUGGAGAACGCCGAGAGGAUGGAGGUGGAGGAGACGGGGCGCGGCCAGGCCAGACAGGGUCGCAGUGAAGUCAGACGCUUCCAGAGACAGGAGCAGAAGCCGGAUUCGGCGCAGGAUCUGGACUUCCAUCCCUCCACUCUCCCUCCUCUGAGGAGAGCCAAGUCACUGGACCGCAGGACCACCGAGUCGGUCAUGACGCCAGACCUGCUGAAUUUCAAGAAGGGUUGGAUGGUGAAACUCGACGAGCAAGGACAGUGGAAGAAGUACUGGUUUGUGCUGACGGACCACAGCCUGCGAUAUUACAAGGACUCCAUCGCUGAGGAGGCGUCCGAUCUGGACGGCGAGAUCGACCUCAGUACCUGCCAUAACGUCACCGAGUACCAGGCUCAGCGCAACUACGGCUUCCAGAUUCAUACCCAGGAGGGGGUGCACACUCUGUCUGCCAUGACCGCGGGAAUACGCCGCAACUGGAUCCAAGCCGUCAUGAAGAACGUUCGGCCCUCCACGGCCCCCGACGUGGCCAGCCUGACGGAUGAGCACGGCUCCUUCGGGCCCUUCGAGGCCCUGGUCCGCCCCGACGUCACCCAGGACUCCCCGUCCUCCGAGGCCUCGUCCGUGGAGCGUGAGCCGAGGAAGAGCCGCGCCCGAGAGCGCCGGCGCGAGGGGCGCUCCAAAACCUUCGACUGGGCCGAGUUCCGGCCGAUCGCUCAGGCCCUGGCACAGCAGCGGGCCCAGGAGGCCGACGCCCUCCACGCCCAGCUGGCCGACGGCGACCGCACCAAGAGGAGAGAGGAGAGGCGGCGGAGGUACGAGUCGGUGACGGGCGUCCUGUCCCUGGAGCCCGCGGUCGCCGACACCGGCGGGAUGGACGUGGAGAGUGGAAGCGCGUGCCCUCUGGGCAGCGUGUGCCCGCCCUCGCCCGAGCGCCAGCAGAAGGUGGAGGAGGAGAUCGAGCAGCGCUGGCAGGAGGUGGAGAAAACGCCCAUCAGAGACGAGAGGAGGGUUCCGCUGUCCACAGCGCUGAGGGGCGGAGAGACCGCCGAGCUCGAGAAGCUUCUGGAGAGCUAUAAAAAGGGGGUAGAAGAUCUGAAAUCCCAGUUAGAAACGUGUCACCAGCAGCUGAGGGAUUCGAACCAGCACAAGCUGGAGCUGGAGGAGCAGCUGAAAUCGGCUCAGGAGCGAGAGCAGCAGAUCAGAGUCGGGUACAUCUCACCGCUGGAGUCACCUUUGAGUGUUGAGACAAAGCCCCAGACGAAGAAGCCCGAACUGGUUAGUUCUCAAGCUCGGAGCUUAGCCAGGAAGUACCAGGAAACCAAAGAGCUGCUCCAGCUGCAGGAAGUGAAAAAGCGCAACAUGCAGGCGCAGCUCGGCCUUUCCCUUCCCCAAACGCCUCCCGCUUCCGAAAUCCUCACGACCAAAACGGUCACCUUGGCGCUGACGGAUAGCGAGGCCAAAAUCCAGGAGCUCGAGGACCUGCUGGACUCCAUCCACCCGCUGUCUGUUAAAGAUCUCGUCGGACUGCUGCGCUCUCACGGCCAUGCGCUUCCCCCGGACCUCCCGCAGGGCCUCCAAAGCCGACAGGAACCGGAGAACGAAACGGUGCGCGGGAGCCUGGCGAGGGCCGGCGACAGCAUCCGCGAUCACGACAUGCUGGGCAGGGUUCGCAGAACGGAAACCCUCGGCGCUCCUCGGACGCCCGCCUGCCACCAGGAGGAACCCGUGGACCUGCUGACGAGCGAGAACGAAGCGCUGAACCAGCGCUGUCAAGAGAUCGUCAACCAGCUGAGAGAGGCGGAUCGAGAGAUAGACAGGCUGAAAGCAGAGCUCCGGACCGGGCAAGACGCCACGGAGGCUUUGAAUGAUUUUUACCGACGCCAGCUCGGCGAUAAGUCUCAGGAGCUUGAAGAAGCGCUCGUCAAGCUGGAGAUCCUCGGGAACAGUUUGAAAGAGACCGAGAAGAAGCUGCAACUCAAGGAAGCCACUCUGGAAGGACUCGGCUUUCAGGACGCUGGAAACGAGACGAUUCGGGAGGUGGAGCGCCUUAGGAGUUACGUAGAGCUCAUGGAGUCCAAGCUUCACAGUGCGGAAGAGAUCUGCAGUGAACUUCAAGCGCAGAACACGGAGCUCCAGAGGAAGAACCAAGAAGCUGAAAGAACGUUGAACCAAGUGCUUUUAGAUGUUGAAGAGGGCAAGAGGACGUCGAAGGAAAGAGAGGUAGUAGGAGUGGACUGCGAGCGCCAGGAAUCGAUGGAAAGUGCCGAACGUAGGGUUGAGGAAGUGUUAAAGAGGUUCAAGAGAAGAUCGGAAGCUCUUAAUGAAGUGUUGGACUUGUUGAAGGAGCCUGGUUCAUCCAGCACCGAGCCUGAAGAUGGUAGCAUGACCGUACUCUUAGAACAAGAGGUUUUGAGCGAACUACUAGGUGGAUUUAAGAACAAGCAGGUCGGAGAAGGAGAUGCCAAACGGACGCUUGAUGUUGUGGAGCAAAUGCGAGUGGAGAAUCAAAUUCUGGGUUUUUUGACGAAGCUUCCUGCAGAACGAAACACUGGAACCUCAGAAGGUGCGGAGGUGCGAGAGAAAUGUAGUCCGGUCAUCAUGAAAGAGCUCAUCAUGUCUGUCCAAAGCAAAGCAACCAUGCUGGAGAACGUGGCCUCAACCGUGACCGAACCUGCCAUGGAACUGCUCCGGUCCUUGGCGUCCGACCCGUCUCAGGAAGAGCAGUGGUCCCAGUGUGUUCGCGAUGCCAUUUUGGACGUAGCCUGCAUGUAUCAGCUCGUACGACAAGAACACCAACGCAAGAACGACAACCAAAUACAACCAGACGUUGACGUGACCACGGCGGCUUGUUCGUCUUGUUCCCAACUGAUGCGGCAAAACACGGAGCUCAAAGCGCAGCUGGAGCAAACGCAGAAUCAAAUGUCAAGUCUCCAGCGUGGUACCCAGAUCCAGAUAGCCGGAGAACCCAUCGACUCCCAAGACAAAGCCGUUCGGCUCCAAGACCUGGACGCUAAACACAAGAAGGAGCUUUCCGAGUUGAGGAGGACCUUUGAGGAGGAAGUGACCAAAGCUGAAGAAACACUUCGACUCAGAUAUGAGGAGAACGUAAAGGAGAUCGACUCCCUGACCGCCUGCAUGGAGAACCUAAAACGGAAGCACGAGACGGAACGGGACGCCCUGGCCGAACGUUUCGACCGAGAGAUGACCGAGCUCUACGAAGCCGUGGAACCUCUCGGAGCCGACCUCCCCGACGACGCCCGGCCGAGCCCGGCUCUCCUCAAGCGGCGGAUCCGGAAGCUGGUGGCGCGGGUGGCGGCGCUGACGGAGGAGACGAAGCGGCGGGGUCGGGAGGACGACGCGGCGGCGCUCCGUCUGAAAUACGACCGAGACCUGGAGAACCUGAAGGCUACGUGUGAGCGAGGUUUCGCCGCCAUGGAGGAGUCCCAUCAGAAGGUCGUAGACGAGCUGCAGAGGAAGCACCAGCGGGAACUGGAGAGCCUGCAGGAGGAGAAGGAGCGUCUGCUGGCCGAGGAAACGGCCGCCACCAUCGCCGCUAUCGAAGCUAUGAAGAACGCUCACCGGAACGAGCUGGAGAGAGAACUGGAUAAAGCUCGCAAGACCAACAGCAACAACGAGAACGCAGACAUCGAGGAGAUCCGCCGCCAACACGAGGAGGAGCUGCUGUCGUUCCAGAGGGAGAUCGAGGUUCUGUCGGAGCAGUACUCUCAGAAGUGUUUGGAGAACGCUCACCUGGCACAGGCGCUGGAGGCCGAGCGCCAGGCCCUGCGCCAGUGCCAGAGAGAGAACCAGGAGCUCAACGCGCACAACCAGGAGCUGAAUAACCGUCUGGCGGCUGAGAUUACCAAGAUGAGAUCGAUGAGCAAUGAGGACGGGGAACAUGGUACAGUUAUUCAGGGGAAGGAGCUGUACGAACUAGAGGUCAUGCUGAGGGUGAAGGAAUCGGAGGUGCAGUAUCUGAAGCAGGAGAUCAACUCACUAAAAGAUGAACUACAGGCUGCACAGAGAGAUAAGAAGUACGCGACUGAUAAGUAUAAAGACAUUUACACGGAGCUGAGCAUCGUGAAGGCCAAAGCCGAGCGAGAUCUGGGGAAGCUGAAGGAGCAGCUGCAGUUGGCUCACGAGGCUUUGGGAGAACCUUCACCGGAGGAGGUGCAGCACGGAGGAUACGAUAUCAUGAAGUCGAAGAGUAACCCGGACAUCCUGAAGAUGGCGGCGGCGGCCGCUAAGCGCUCCGAGCGCACCACGAGGUCGAAGAGUCUGAAGGAGGGACUGACGGCCGAGCAGAGGCUCCACUUGUUCGACAACAAGGACACUAAGGAGUUCUGAUACUUGACACAUCAGCCCGAUACGCUGCAUGUCAGCCAGACGUCCACCGUAUUUUAUUCCAAUAUCGAUCGAAUCACUUAGAAACACACUGGUCACCACGCACAGCAUAUAUAGAAAUAUAAAUAUAUAUUAAACAUGGUAUGAAGUUUGAAUUUUAUGUCUGUAGUCUUGCAUUCCGUGCACUUCAGUUACUGUGACUCUUGUUUUUUAUCAUCAUCAUCAUGUCUUAAUGUAAAUAUUUGUUUUUAAUGAAGCAUUUAUCGUACGUACACUAAACACGAGUGUGUCGGCUACUGUUUUAACUCUGUAGAUGGAACGUCGGACCAAUUUCGUAACGACUCGGUUACGCUUAUAACGAAUAAAGAGUAGAAACGGAUCGGGACUGCGGGUCCUUUCUGACGCUAGGCGUGGUGGUGAUGCACAUUCCUUCUUCUUCCAGCUUCCUCUUCAGGUGGAGACUGAACGGCUGGCGACGUUAAACUGAACACUACUUGAUGACGGACGUGUUGCUUGUACAUGGUGGUUGCUGAAUGUUUUAAGUAUAGGAGCGUUUCGUGAUGCUGAUCGGUUAAAGCGUGGAUUUUGUAUCCGGAGGGGCUCGUUGCUAGAUUAUAUAUAUAUAAAUACAUACGUACAGAUUUAUAUAAGGGUUCUUUAUACAAUCAUAAUGGUCAAUCCACUGAUUGGGAGGUUGUUUUUUUCCUGUCACGCCCUUCAUGCUGAUGUCUGUAGUGUUGAGUGGCAGAUCCCUUGUAUUUAUUUAAAUGUCAUGUUUGUUUUUGCUCACGUUUCCAUUCCUCUAUACGUCGUUAUUGUAAAUAUACCACAAAUGUACACCGACUGACAACAGGUUUAUUAGCAAUAAAUAUUUUUGCACCCUG